CAUCAUCUCUCAGUCGCAAGCUCUCCCUCUCUCGAUCUCCGCUCAAGUCACCAAUUCUCCACCGUCCAUUUCCCCCUUCUCCCUUUCGCUCUCGUUUUCAUAAAUAAAAAAGAACCCCAAUCUCCUCUCAAUUCCUCUAAAUUACCCUCCUUAAUUUCGCUAAUCCCUACCGCGUCCUCCCCUCUCACGUUCCUAUGGUUUCUCUCGCAAUGAAUUGAGCUUCAAAGCAGUAAAAAGAACAUGGAUGAAGUAAUAAUAGAACCACAAAUUGGAAACGAAGAAGAUGAGUCCAUGAUGCAACUGGACAUUGAACCCUUCAAUGGUGAUUCUAACAAUAGUAAUGAAGUGAAGGGAGAGUUGGAUUUAGUUGCAUCUGAGGGGGAAACUAAUUUGGAGCCCUACGAGGGCAUGGAGUUCGAAUCCGAAGAGGCUGCAAGGGCUUUUUACAGCUCGUACGCCCGGCAUGUCGGUUUUAGGGUUAGAAUCAGUAGGUAUACUCGGUCUCGUCGUGACAAUUCGAUCAUUUCGAGAUUGAUUGUCUGUUCGAAAGAAGGGUUUCGAGAGUCUCGUGGUAGUGAGGGUGUUUUUGGCGGGAGAAAACAGCACAGGCAGCGGGCAGUUACCCGGGUCGGUUGCAAGGCGAUGAUUAUGGUGAAGAAAGUGGCUGACGGGAGAUGGGUUGUGUCUAAAUUUGUGAAGGAGCAUAACCAUGGGCCUGUUCCUCCGAGGAAAUUAGAGGUUAGGGUAGUUCAAAAGGAAGAAGAUUCAAUGGAAGAGUUGAACGUUCUGUCUGAUGGAGGUGCAGUUCAUGAGCCAGUUGAGGGCAUGGAGUUUGAUUCGGAAGAAGAUGCGAGGACUUUUUAUUUAAAUUAUGCGAGACAGAUGGGUUUUCGUGCGAGGAUUAGCAAGUAUUGCAGGUCGAGGAAGGACAAUUCGAUCAUUUCUAGACAAAUUGUUUGCUCAAAGGAAGGGUUUCGUGAGUUACGGAUCAAGAAGGAGGAAACUAAUGAUGGAAGAGCGAAAAGGCCUAGAGUAGUUACCAGGAUAGGCUGCAAAGCUAUGAUUAUUGUUAAGAAGCUGAGUACUGGGAAAUGGGUAGUUUCAAGAUUUGAGAAGGAGCACAACCAUGCUUUGGCAACUUCAAAGAAGGAGCCAUGGCCUCUUCAGGCAUCAAAUGAUUGCAAUGAGAAGGGGAGGGUAACUUAUGUGGUUGGAGAGCAUAUGCCUUCCAAUGUAGGGAUGGUCAUGAGUGGUGAUUGUUGCAAUGGAAGUCGAAGUACUUCACAGGAAUCUUUGACUGUUUUAUAUAACCAAUUGUGUUAUGACGCCAUUAGAUUUGCCCAGGAAGGGGCUGUAUCAGAAGAAAUAUAUAAUGUUGCAACGUCAGCUCUUAAAGAGGCUGUAGACAAAGUUGCUGCGGCUAAAAGGACUGCAGCUGCAGUUGCAAAUGGAGUUAAGGGGGGGCAUGGAAGUUGCAUGACAAAGUGCUCAAAUGAACCUAGAAAGGCAGGGUCAGGAAAUGAAGUCUUGCUUAUGCAACAGCCUGUUAAGUUUGUCUUGAUUCCUUCAACCUCUUUGGCAAAUGAUUCAAAGCCAGCUAAUUCACCAAUCAUGGUUAACGUACCUAAUAGUCAAGGGAUCACCGUUUCUAAUCCUACCUCUUUGAAGCAAACAUUGGUUAAUGCGAAGUCUGUCAAAGAGUUGGUUGGAAAUAACAGUACAAAUCAUAUGGAUGCUAUACAGAACUCUCAGAAUACAGAAGAUACUGGGGCUAGCCAGGCACAAAUAACUCCAGGAAAUGAUAGCGACUUCAUCAGUUCUGGGGUCUCCGAGUCAAAGAUGGUAGCAUUUCCUGCACUACCGGUUACAUUUUAUAUGCCUGUGAUGGGAAACUUAUCUGAAUCUUCUUCAGCAGGCAAUGCUGGCAGCAAUGCUUAUACACUUGUUGCUGCUCCUGUGAACUCAUCACCAGUUGCCUCGGGGACACAGUCCCGAUUAAAUAUCCAGCAAUCAGUAGCACCAUCAAAAGACCAAAAUGCUAGGUCAUGCACAGGGCCAAACCCGAAAGUUCAUGCCACAGCAAUCGCUGCUGGUGCUCGAAUAGUUCCUCCCCAAGAAGCAGCAUCACUGAUCAAGGUCAUUGAAGCCAAGGUCAGAUCUUCUAGAUCGUCAUUGGGCUCUGGAUGUAAGCAAUUGGGUGCAAACGUGGCUCCUUGUAAAAGUAAGGAGGAAGGCCCGAGACUGCUUAACCCUGUCCAAGCAAAUGUAGAAGCCAUUGAAGGAAAAGAGCAGGCAAGCUCAGAGGAGAUGAGAUUGCAGGAAUCUGGUGAAGGGUUUAAGGAGAUGGAAGCGGCCACGAUGGACCACUCUGCAGUGUAUGACAGUGGCGAGGAUCAUCUUUUUUCGGACGCUGGCAGUUGAAGCUCUGAUGUGGAAGAUCCAACUGUGUUAUGAAGAGAGUUUGAACGUGAGAAUUAACGUUAUGGGGCCGUAGAUAGUUUUUUUUUUAAACUUAUUUUUUACCUGUAUUUAGGUCUAAUUUGCUGGUCAUGUAUAAAAGGGUUUUUGUAAAUAAUUCAGUGUCCUUCAAGAAGAGAGUUAGCGGCAGAAUUGCAUAUUUUAUACUUAUACGUGACUCAA